CUGGGGACAAGACGCGCUUGCAGACGGAUGCAGCAAUUCGUCUUUUCGCCACAUUUUACCUUCAGCGAUCGGUUGGUGCGGUUCUCGAGAAACAGAAGAAUAAAGUGAACUUUUUAUCAACGUGCGUUGAGCUUAAAGCAUUCUUAUUUUCUAUAGCAACGACAGUGAUCCACCAGUGUGUACAUAGUGACGAUUUGUUUUUGGAGCGAUCAUAAGCCACAAAAGUCCUUCGAAAUGGUGCUGGAUCUAAACUUCUCGCGUUACGAUAACACAACCCCGUUCGGUUUUAAGCUCGUCGGUGGAGCUGAUUUUGAUGUUCCCUUAACGGUUGUCAAAAUCCUACCCGGAAGCAUCGCCGAAGACGUUGGCAUGCACAUGGGCGAUGUGGUGGUGCGCAUCAAUGACAUACCGACGGGCAACAUGUCCUAUUACGAUGCCCACCAGCUGUUGGCCUGUGCCGGCAACCAGUUCGUGCUAGGCAUCUUAAGGGCACGUGAGGUUACGCCGUCCCAACGCCUCAUCAAGGAGAAAACACCGUCGGGCGAGGUGGAGUAUAUCAACACCUCGCCGAAACCGUUUUGGACGCCGAAUGUCGGCAGCCCAUCGCCGUUGGCAGUUCACCACCCUGCCAAGGAAGAACCAAGGCAGCAGCAGCAGCAGCCCGAAGAACAGAUUCCCGAGGUACCGAUCACCGACGAGCAGAUAGCCGAGAUCCUCUCGGGUGAAGCCGAAGUACUGAAGCAACACAACGUGAUCGGCGUUAACUUUAACAAGAUGAUCCCGAAGGCGGGCGUGUUUAAGCAGAGCGAAGUCUUCAAAACGCUCAACAGCGAGCUGGUACAGAGCGAAGAGGAGGACAAAAAGUGGACCACCUUCCUGCAGAAGCCGUCCCGACCGCCGCCGAAGACGCCCGAGGAGCGGAAGCUCGAGCGGAACCCGCCGACCGAGCGCUACCAGGUACGAAUUGUGAAGCAACCGAAACCGAAAAUUGCCCCCGACUACAAGCCACCCAAAUCACCGGAACCCGAGCCGGAACCGGAACCGAUACCAAUGUACGACGAGUACCUGAACGAACGCCAGGAGGUGGAGGUGGAAACGAUCAAGACGCUCGUGGAGGAGCCGGUCGUGCCGGGCGAACCGAUGGCAGGUAACCACCACCUCGAACAUCCCGUUGGCCCCUGUUGUCCCUGUCCCUACGCUUGCCCCGGCGAUAAUGUCGGGUGCUGUGGUGAGGAGGAGUUGGAAACCAAUACGAACGCUAAUGGCACUUCCACUGCAGGUGAAGGGGAGGCACAGCAGCCCGGGGCACCCAACCCGACCGAGGAGGAACCCUCGGAGGAGUUCCGCGAGCAGUUGCAGAAUGUGCAAAAGCAGCUGGAAGCGCUAUCGGCACUGCCGAACACGAUCCAGGCCACGAUAGCCGCCCUGACCGAGCAGCUCGCCGUGUUGGCCGCACCGAAACGGAAGUCCAAGAGUAUCUCACCCCGACCGGAAGAAGCGGAUCCGAGUGCGGGUGGUGAGGGCACCGAACAGUCGGCACCGGAGGCCAUCGUGCCCGAAGUGUCCGAGACGUUCGAGGUGACUGAGUUUAGCAGGGCGGACAGCAGCGGCACCGGCGAUCAGUCCUCAUCGGUCGACGAAGGCGAACACAUCCACUACACAGAGGAGGAGCUCGAGCAGCUAGAGAAAAGGAUGAAGGAGCACGACAUUGAGUGGACCAAUCAGAACGAUAAGGAUUCCGAUAGCUCCAGCCAGCAUAAUGCCGGCGGCGACAUCCGCACCGCGGUGCAGGACGAGCUGAAGCUGCAGGUGGUCAAAAAGAAGAAGAAGGCGGUCAGCGCGUUCGGCCCGCUGACGCCGCAGGAGCGGCCCAUCUACCUGCCCGGAGGGCGCAAGUGGCGCACGGCGAAGGACGCAUUCAACGAGCAGUUCAUCGCGGAAGUGAUCAGCUCGCAGGCGGAACUGAUCCAGGGCACGACGCUCGGCAACUUCUACGAAAGCCCUCAUCUGGGUUACGACGACAGGGUAAACUUCCUCAAGUACCAGAAGCCGGAGAAGGAUUUGAGCUUCAUCAAGAACAGCGACGUCUACAAGCUGGUACACGAUAUGGAUCCCCCCAAGAGUGGCAUCGAGCUGCGCCCGGAGAUGGUAGUGGCCGAAGAAGAUGUGCGAAAGGUAAUGAAAGACGAAACCAUUUUCCAGCCCCGCAAGUCGAAGGUGUUCCUUUAUCAAAAUUGAAAACGCACUCUCCCACCCUCCCAACCACUACCCUCCCUUUUCCCUCACCAUACCGUGAGCUUUCGGUUCCCUUCCCUACCGUUGUGUGCGAUGACCUCCCUCGACCUGGGUUGUGCCCUUGUGUUAGUGGGCUUGAAUUCGGCAUUGAUAAUUGACCUUUUGCAAACAUCUUCUUGCUGCGCACGGCGGGCCCUCUCGCCCCGAACAACACGCAUCGUUGUCGAACGGUUUCUCGGCACCAUCUCGCUUGCUCGCCACUCCCCCCUCAUCAACUACUAUCGGAUCUCAUCCAACUGUUCGAUCGAUCCACCGGCCACCACCUUCCAACCAUCUUCACGCGCUGCAGUGUGCAUCACCCUGCUGAGGAAGCCUCCGAAGAAUAUCCGUUCCCUGCCGUUCCCUGCCGUUCCCUGGCGUUCCUUCUUAAAUCCUUCCCUCCCAGCCAAUAUGAAUUAUUAAUAAGCUUCCUAUCAGCAUCAUCGCAUAUGGUUAAUUAUCUUUUCAAUCAUUACUUGCACACCCCUUUCCUUUGUUUCAUUGGACCUAGCUACUGUAAAUUAGCUCCUAUCUUACGCUCCUCUCAGGACAGCAUCAAACGAUAACAAGCUGAGUUGAAACAAACACAGAUCUAAAAGUUCAUUUUAUGCAAUAGGCUUUGUGCUUAGGACCAAAAACAUUGUUUUCAUUACAUCACAUGAUUGUAUAGAACACGUCAUUAUCAACUAUUACUUUAGAGACUGGUAUUUCUAUGUAAAUAAGUACAAUAAAAAUAAAUAAAAACACCAUUAACGUG